GGCCGCGCGGACGGUCUUCUUCCCCGGCCGUCUGCCGCCCUGUCUCCUUCCCCUCCCCCCUCCUGCGCUCCUUUCUUCAUCCAGUGCGGCUCGGCGGCUGGGUUCCCGUCGGCGAGGUCGUCGGCGCAGAAGGUGCCAAGAGAGAGGCAGGAGGCGCAAAGAGAUCUGAGCAGGGGAGUCCUUGGAAUAAAUCACGCCAAAACCGAAAGCACGCAACAGAAACACACACCACAACGGAAGCAGUUCUUGAAGUUGCCGUCCAACACUUUGUUGGUGAUGAUCGCAAAUGCGGCUUCCUUGAUGUUACAGAAGCAGUGAAAGCAUGUGUCAAGUUAGCCGCUUUCAGGGAGAGUGGCUACAGGAUGCUCUUACAAGGAGGGGAGGUGGAAAACGAAGAGGAGGAUAUUCUUGAAGACAAUCAGGGAGUCAAGACUAAUGGAGUGCCAGUAAUCUAUCCGGUGAAUGGACAUUCCCAGAAUGGCCAUUGGAUUACGUCUGAUGGUCGAGAUGGAAAACCUGGAUUUGUAUCUAAGAGUCUGGAGGGAAGAGCAGUAGCCGCUUUAAACAGGUUUGGUCAGAAUGCAAAGAUGUUGUCAGAUCCCACUUGGAUGAGCAGGCUCCAACCUUCUCCUGUUCCUCCUGUGAUGGAGAUUGAGAAGCCAACUUUCACAACCAUUUGGUCUUCUAAAGGGGUUUCUGGGCGCUUAUUUAUGUUAGGGGAGGCCGUCCACAUAUUCAGACCACUUAUAUACGUGCUUCUGAUAAGAAAGUUUGGAAUCAAAUCUUGGACCCCGUGGUUGGUUUCACUAGCUGUGGAGCUCACAAGCCUUGGCAUUCAUUCGCAUGCAAGAGAUCUGAAUCAUAGAGCUGGAAAAGUUCAUCAGCUCUCAUCUGCUGAGAGGGAUGAGGUGAGACGAUUUCAGUUUUUUUAUCGUGUUAAACUUUGUUGGCUAUGUUCUCUGGGUUGCUGCAAAUUCGGUUUCUGGUCGUCGGUCUUAAAAAUUACCCCUAAAGUUUCAUAAA